AUGACUGCUUCUGAGACGCGCCGCGUGUAUAACGGACUGGUACGACUCGUAGUCGAGUUAACGCACUCGGGACAAAUGCUACAUCUCAUGGAUAAGAUAGCCGACAGAAUACGAACUUGCACGCCCGGAGACUUAGAUGCAACACGCUCCUACACGCACGUUAAACGGUUGCCGGUCGGACGCAAACUUCACACUCGACUACGCAACCUAGAUAAGAGUACGAACGAGGACGCGUUUCGCCCUAGGCAAAUUUACGCGCCAGGUCAAGUUGAUUACAGCGCAGUCCAGCUUUGCUUAUAUACCACGAUUGAAGAAGAAUUC